GGGCUGAGCUGACAAAGAAGUAUGGCGUCAAAUCUAAACGUCCUUAUCGUGAUAUUUAUCGUCUGUAUAUUCCUUCAUCUGCCGGGAAAUAAUGCUGCCUCUAACAGCAACAGCGUCCUCCAAACGCCUCCGUUCAUCCUGAAGAGAGCUGGAGAGUCUGUGGACCGAGAGAUCAACUGUUCACACAACAUACCAAACUAUCAAAUCAUCCUCUGGUACAGACAAGAGCAACAUCAGAAUAUGAGGUUUCUGGGAUAUCUGAACACGAUCUACUCAACUCCAGAGGAGGACGUGAAAGGGAAAAUCAGCUUUGAUGGAGAUGGCCGUGCACAGUCCCGCCUCAGUGUUUCUGAUCUCUCAUUAGAGGACAGCGGUGUGUAUUUCUGUGCAGCCAGUCAGCACAGUGCUGCAGAUUCCCCUCAGCUCAGUACAAAAACUCUCCUCCAUCUGUCAGAGACACCAUGCUAUGUCUCUCAGUCGGUGCUCAUCACUCAGUGGCCUCCCUACAUCUCCAGGCUUCCCAAUGGUUCGGCAGAAAUGCACUGCUACCAGAAUGAAACCAACUAUGAUUAUGUGUACUGGUACCGGCAGCAGAGAGGAAAGGGUUUUCAGUUCAUGGUGUCUGUAGUAGCUGGCUUGGCAACAUUUCAACAAGGGUUUAAAUCUGGUUACCAGGCAGUGAAGGGGAAGCAGCAGUCGUCUCUGAGGAUCGGUAACGUUCAGGAGGAAGACGAGGCUGUUUAUCUCAUAAAGAAAGAUGUUCACAUUGAACCAACAGGUGGAGGCACAGCACGUGGCAUGAGGCUUCAUGAUCUGAUGAUGAUGAUGAUGAUGAUGAUGGAAAAGCCUUCCCUCUUCACCCGGAGACUCUCUCCUCACAUCAGUGCCACACCAUGUCUCCACAUGUGCACACAUUCUUCUUACUCUUCAUCUGGUUUCCAUGUCAGACUCUCAGUGAAGACGGUGUCUCCUGCAGCACAGAGAACCUGGACCAUGUCUCCAGCUGUGCUCACAUUUCUUCUCAUCUCGCUCUCAUAUGGAGCUGAGAGUGUGGAGUUUGAGCCAACGCACCCAAAAAUAGUCAACGACAAAACCAGGGUAGAAAUUGAAUGCAGUCACAAUGACAACAACCUGAAUGUUAUGCUCUGGUACCAACAAACAGAGAGCGGUCUGAUGGAUUUAAUUGGAUAUGGCUACUCUAGCAGUGAGCCCAACUAUGAGAAGGAGUUUGGAAAGAGGUUUACAAUAACAAGAGCAGACACAGUGAGAGGAGCUCUGAUCAUUCCUCGUGCGACUCCAUCAGACUCAGCUGUGUAUUUCUGCGCUGCCAGUACACAUGUGAACUACGACCCUGCUUACUUUGGCAGAGGCACCAAGCUCACAGUGCUGGAGAAAGACCAUGAGGUCACUGAACCGACAGUGACAGUGUUUCGUCCGUCACGAAAGGAGUGCAGUGACGAGGGAGACGGUGUGAAGAAGAAGACCUUGGUGUGUGUGGCCAGCGGAUUCUACCCGGACCACGUCAGUGUGUCCUGGCAUGUGGACGGGAAGUCCGUCAGUAGCGGGGUGGCCACCGACAGCACCGCCCUGCGGGAAGACAAGACCUACAGGAUCAGCAGCAGGCUGAGGGUCCUUGCCAAAGACUGGUUCACACCGGAGAAGGACUUCACCUGCAACGUGACCUUCUUUAACGGGACGGCCUACAGCUCUCAUAUCGCCUCAGAUUUGAGGAAUGAAAGUCUUAUUCUUUCAGGUGAACAGACAGAGAUGAACAGAGAGGGAUAUUUGAAGAAGGCGCAGGCAGUCAAACUGUAUUACGGCAUUUUCAUCGUGAAGAGCAGCUUCUACGGAGCCGGCGUGGCCCUCCUGCUGUGGAAGCUGAAGGGAUCGGCUGGGAAGCAGAACUGAGGAAGAAAAGAAUCCAGGGCAACCAUUGAACUUAUAAACCACAGUUGUGUCUGAUUGCAUGCAUUUCUUUCCGUUAGAAUACACAUUUAUAUCCAUAUUCUUGUUACAGCAACAUUAUAAAAACUCCUUAUUCUGA